AUGGUCUACCAGAGGGUGCAGCCGGGACAGCGGUGGCCAGGGAGAACCUCACAGACGCCGGAGGGGCGACUGGAAUGGCGGAGCCGACAGGCGGAAUGGGCACCGGACGGGCAGGCACAUGUGAUGAGGUUUCCAAGGCGCGCAGGCGAUCACCGAAGGACUCCAUGGUGCGGGUCAGAGAAGAGAUUGCAGAAUGAACUUGCGAAGCCAAGGCGUCGGAGUCAGCAGGACGGGAGCGCUUCGGGCAAGAGGAGCGAGGUCUUGCAUCCACGGGACUGUCGAGCAGGGGGGUCCAGAGAAGCGGGCAGCCUAGUGGGCGAAGAGGGCGCAGACGGCAAAGGAACAGCGGGCGCCGACGGAAAGGAGACGGCCGGUGCGAGCACGGCCGAGGAGGAUCCGGGCACCCCUGGGAGAGAACCCCCGCAGCUGCCCAACAGCACUGUCCUGGUUGUGUGCCGUGACUCAGAGCACCAAUCCGACUGUGGCAACGCCUCACCAAUUCCUGGCCAGGCCCCUGUGCCACAGCUCCUGGGUGAACUGGUGGAAAGGGGGGUAGUCAAAAAAUUCUACCUCUCCAUCACCCUGGAAGAUGUUCUCACCCUCGAGGCCGUCAUCGAUACUGCAGCAGACAUCACCCUCAUGUCAGCCAGUCUCUUCUACCAGGUGCAGCACCUAGCCGCCCAGAAGAACAAAACCCUCCAGCCGAGGAAAUGCUCUUUGAACGUGCAGGCAUAUUCACCAGUGGGCACCAGGAUGGAUCACAUGAUCCCCCUCAAUUGGUCCAUCUGCUCCAUGAACUUCAAGCUCGGUCCCCACACGUCACAGUACGCAAAUCUCGCAGCAAUCUUAAUCGCCCUGGAGGUGGCCUCCGAACAUGAAGUAAAGGACCUGCUGAUCUGCACGGACUCCGACUACACACGUCUCAGCUUCAUGUGCCAUCUCCCUCACUGGAAACUGAAUGGCUUUAAGACUUCAGGGAACAAGCCAGCCAAACAUCAAGACCUCCUGCAGGUCGUCACCCACAGCCACAGCCGAGCACCUGCCUCGCCGCCAGCGGCCUCACUGCUGGAAGUUUACCUUCAGGUCUCCAACUCUGACAUCAUCUCCCUCCAGUCCACUGAUGCUGUGCUCAGCAAGGUCUGCGAUCACCUCCGCACUACGGGGGUCAUGCUAUUGUACGCCCACGAUGCACCCUGUGCAGGACACCGCAAUGCCAAAACAGCCUACGAGGCACCCAAGAAACAUGCCUCAAAAGUGCCUGUUUGGGCAAAAGUUGUUGCUAAUUUUCACGAGUGCACGGAGUUUUUUUAUAGGGGCACUGAACCACAGGGUAUGGAUCAAAACGCCAGGAAAAUUUGCCAGGAAUAUGAGUAUGGAGGGAAUUUCUAUGCUUCACUUUACUCAACAUACCACAGGAUUCCUGUGUACAGUGCCUACACAUUUGAUCCCUCCUGCAGAAAUCAAGAGGCACGAAGAAGCGGUAACUGGUCCAUUGAGCCUCAGCUUUCUAACCUGGGAGAAGACACAAUGCAACCAGAGACAAUCGAUAAUCACGAUAUUUUAAAAGCCAAUCAAGCUGUGAAUGGUGAUUACAGCAACACGGGCUAUGACAGAGGGCACCUCAACCCCAACUCUUUCCAGUGUGAUGAUGGGCGUAAAGCUACAUUCACCCUGACCAACAGUGCACCUAUGGAUGCUUGCUUUAACCGUGUCCCUUGGAAACAAUGGGAGCAACAUGUCAGGGACAUUUUAAAGGACAAUGCUGUAUCAGGAACUGCCUACCUGGUAACAGGAACUGUACCUUCACUAGACUAUAGAAUACCAAGACGAGGGGAAUUUGAUGGUCCCAGUGCAAGAGAAUUCAACAGAGUCACUGUUCCUACACAUGUCUGGACAGCUGUCUGUUAUAAGGAUGAUAAUGAUGAUGAGCGCUCCUUUUCAUUUGGGUAUAUAGGGCUAAAUCAGCCUGACGGUAGAAUAAAUGUAAAGACUGUACCACAACUUAAUAAUCAGUUGUCUAAACUUUAUCCUGCACCUGAAGUAAAAAUUUUCAAAGAUGACUGUUUUUCUACCAAUCAGGAAACUCAGAAAAUCAUCAAGCAUCUUUACAGGACAAUCCAGCUGUCCAUUAGUGAUAGACUGAUCAUGUCUGAUGAUAUUCUGAAUAAGUUUCAUGCAGCCACGAGUCAGUUUGAUGACGAUGAAGGGCCACCGCCUUCCAAGAGGCCAAAGGUAACCGAGGUGAUAAUUAGUGAAAACUUUGACAGCCUGGGAACUUGGUUUAAAGAGACAGAGAGGAUGAAAUAUGUGUCUGGGUCAACCUGUGUUCAGUCCCAACCAUUUACUGGCCCAAUUAAGAGUCUAAGCAGCAUAGGGAUUCAAAAAAGAGACAUCGCUGAUAAUUCGCAAGAGCUCGUUUGUAGCCUCGUUAAAGAGGAGGUAUCAGGCUGCACUACAUCUUGCCUGUACAAGGAGGAGGCUAAAGAUUAUUAUUGCUAUGAUGGAACAUCAAGAGAGAGAUUGUGCUCUCCUGAGUAUUCCAUAAUAACAGUCAGUGGAAGUAAGUGUAACAGUGACCACACCUGUGGGACAUAUGGGUAUGACUACUACUGGUGUUGGGUAGGCAGUUCAUGGGAGUACUGCAGUACCCCACUACCAAUAGGCAAAGGAUACGAAGGGAACCACUGCCGUUCCAACCACAACUGUGGCUUCUAUGGUGAAACGUACACCUGGUGUUACACUGAUUACAAUGAUAACUGGGACCAAUGCUGCAGGAUUGCUGAUGAUCGUUUCUCAGCUCUAAAUGGCAAGACCUGUAAGCCUGACUGUCCAUGCGGUCAUUACUCCAAAAGUUACCUUUGGUGCUAUACCACAGAUGGGUCUUGGGAAUACUGUUGCACUUGGUGA